AUUUUUAUAAUAUAUAGCUUGUAGGACUUGAAGAAUGUCAGAGAAGGAUAUAUGUUAUGGUAGAUAAACUUAAAGAGAAAGCUGGAAUUGGGAAAGAUACAAAACUUGAUGGAAUGGGCUUAGCUUUGAGUGGUUGUGAACAAGAAGAAAGUAACAGACAGUUUGAGAAAUCAUUAUUGAAAAAUUAUCCUCUUUUAUCAACUUCUUGUGCAGUUGUUAGUGAUACUGUUGGUUCCAUAUUGACAGUUAAUCCAAAUGGUAAUAAAAAAAUCAUUCAAAAGUUAAUAAUUAACUAAUAUAUAAUUAUUUUAUCAUAAUAUUAAAAGUAAUAGUAUCUAUACACAGUUUGAUCUUUAUUGGAGUAAAACAUUCUAAAUAAGUAAGCCCCUAGUAUUUUGAAGCCUUCUCAGUUCGUUAUCAAGAGUUCAAAGGACUUUAGAAUAUUUGUGCUCCAAUAAAGU